CUCAUUCUGGGACCGCUGUGGCUCACGCACUACCGUAGUACAUAGGUAGCUAGCUGCUAUCUACCGAACCCAUCGGCCCGUACAGUACGCCACCUGCACUCUCCAUAACUAGACUCCGCUGCCCACGACGUCAUACAGAGACUGCCGAACCAAGUACAGGGACUUCUACGAUAGUAUCCGACCGGCGUAUGCACGCCUACGAAGUUUCACCGGGGAGCUCUAAAAGACGUGUGCCUUCCUCCCCACCGCGCCAUCAGAUGGAGAUCUCAAGGUUGUUGAUGGACUACUGCCACGUGCCCGUACGUCGCCAUGUACUCUCCAGCUGAGACCCGGGCCCCAAUCAUUACGAUUACAGUAUCGGUUAUGCCAUCGGUGGCUUUUAUUUUCAUGACCCUGCGCUUCAUCUGUAUAUGGAGAUACCGAAAGAGUUUUGGCUGGGAUGAUUACAUUCUCGCCCUUGCCUGGCUCCUGAAUAUCAUGUACAUUGCCUUUCUCACCGUUUCUAUCAGGCACGGCCUCGGCGCCCACUUGGUCAAAGUCCCCCCCGAGCACCUAUACUGGCUUAGCUACUGGCUCGAUCAUGCCCUGACCUGUACCGUCUUUAGCUUAUCACUCUCUAAAACUUCCUUUGCACUCACCUUGUUACGCUUCGCGAUUGAACCAUGGCAGAGGUACCUGAUCUGGUUUUUCAUCGUCACCUGCAACCUCAUGAUGACGAUCACUAUCAUCUUACAAUAUGCGCACUGCCGCCCGAUCGAGAAGCGCUGGAACCCAUCGCUCCCUGGAACCUGCUAUGAUGGCAUGAUCAUCAUCCGCUUUGCCAUGGCCGCAGGAGCCUACUCCGCUUUCUGGGAUUUUUCACUCGCUAUUCUGCCGUGGUUCAUCAUCUGGAAGGUCCAGAUGAACAAGAGGGAAAAGUUUGGGGUUUGCCUUGCAAUGAGCAUGGGCGUCUUGGCCGGUACCACGGGCAUAGUGAAAACGAUUUUUCUCCCAACCAUGGGCCAUUCGGCACACAAAGACUUCUCUUGGGACGGUUACGAUCUGCUGAUCUGGUCUUGCGCGGAAAGCUCAGCGACCAUUAUCGGGGCUUCCAUCCCCUUCCUCAGAGUCCUCGUCAAGAACGUCGCUUCAACCCAUGACACCGACCCAAAGGCCACAGGAACGGUGAGCAUGCUGGGUAGCCCCUUGGACCCACAAACGCACAACCGACCGCACACGGAUGGGAGUGGCUGUAGGGGAGCUGUACUAGAAGAGCAGCAAAAUGGCAACAACGGCGACGCGACUCAGAUCAGAGAGGUCUCAUUUCCAUAUAUCGAGAGGCUGGACCUUGAGAGGCAAAGUACGCGGCUGUCUCUCCCUUGACCAUCUUGCCUGGGGGAUUGGUA